GUGGGAGAAGACACACUCACAUACACACUCCCAUUUCGCACACUGUCGUUUUGCAUUGUUUUGUUUGACGGUAGUUCAGCAGCGAGAAAGGGGCUGACUACAUUCUCUGAGACACUUCACAGGGAAACAUUUAAGCAGUCACUGAAGCACGCGACCAUCCGUUCUUUCAGUACGAGGCGCGCGCUCUCCUCGUGUGCGUCACAUCAACGGCGUCUCCUGUCAGCUGAAGCUAGAAAACUCCGCGUUACAGAAAUAAACAUCUACCAGAGUAUCAAAAGAGGAUUGAAGAACGAGGAUAAUACUGUCAGAGAUCUGUAAAGCUAAAAAUGGUUUCAACCGAGGAUUCAAAAGAAGUGUCAAAGACAUUACACAGCAAUGGACAUCAUACUACACACUUAUUCCACUGCGCAACGACCCUCGUGUGCUUCAUGCUGUCGGCGUCGUCGGUGGCAAUCUGUCUCUUUAUGAACGUCAAAACAUCUGAACUUGAGCGCAAAAUGGAAGUUUUGGAGAUGGAGCGACUGACUGUGAUUCAACCUGUGCGCGCGACCUUGGAUGAGCACGCGACUCUGUGGGAUGCGAUAGAGAAACUUGUGCAAGAGAGACUGAAAGAUGGAGUGUCGAAGAUUCGCACAGCUCGAGAAGCAACGCAGGAGUGCUCGUGUCCUCCAGGUCCUCCAGGAAAACGUGGAAGAAAAGGCAACCCUGGAAUUCCCGGCACUCCAGGACGGGAUGGUUACCCGGGCCCAUUGGGUAUGGAUGGCAAGCCUGGAUCUCCAGGUCAAAAAGGCAGUCAGGGAAUGCCGGGACCAAAAGGAGAUAAGGGGGACCAGGGAGACAUGGGGCCCAUGGGACCACCAGCCUACGCUGCCUCUGCAGGCCUACUCAGUAAUCAGAUUCUCACGGUUAAGGGUGAUCAAGGUCAGGCUGGGCCUCCAGGUCCUCCAGGACCUCCAGGCACACCUGGUCCCAGAGGGCCUCCAGGAAACACAGGCAGAGAUGGACCGCAGGGCCACCCAGGAGAGCCGGGUCUUCCAGGAAAAGACGGAAAUGAGGGAACAAGAGGGCCUCCUGGCAUGCAGGGUAUGAAUGGUGCAAAUGGCAUGCCUGGACCACAGGGCCCCUCAGGUUCAAAGGGGGAUCAGGGUGCUCCAGGUUUAGAGGGGAAGAGAGGGAUUGAUGGAUCCCCUGGCAUGAAGGGUGAAAAAGGAGAUCCAGGACCCCAGGGUUUGCCUGGAGAAAAAGGAGCAACUGGAUUCUCAGAAACUGAUGAUUUUGCUGUUCGUUUCAAAGCUCUGCAGGGGCCCCCAGGUCCUCCUGGAGAGCAAGGGCCAAAAGGAGAAAUAGGGUUAAAUGGAGCACCUGGACCUGAAGGAAAGCAGGGCCAAAAGGGAGAGAGAGGUGAUGUUGGGGAGCCUGGAGCAGCAGGAACAAAAGGGGAACUUGGGCUGACAGGGCCUCCAGGGGCAGCAGGUCAAAAGGGAGAAAAAGGAGACUCUAGGCUCGAGGAUAAUCUAGCCCAGAUUAUCUCCUUGCCUGGCCCUCCAGGGCCUCCCGGACCCCCUGGGCCUGCUGGAUAUCAUGGACUGCCUGGAUCCAAGGGAGAACCUGGUGAAGCAGUAAAAGGAGAAAAGGGGGAUGCUGGAGAGAGAGGUCCACCUGGACAGAGGGGUCUUCAAGGCUUUCCAGGAUCUAAUGGAUUGGUAGGCCUGCCAGGUGCAAAAGGUGAAAAGGGAAAACAAGGUGAACCAGGAUUAGAUGGUUUCCCAGGGCUUCAAGGAGAAAAGGGAGACAGAGGAGACAAGGGGGAGAAGGGCGAGAGAGGCUCAAUAGGAAAGAAAGGUCUAAAAGGACAGAAGGGAGAGCAGGGACCUCCAGGGCUUGAUCAGCCUUGUCCUGUGGGUCGAGAUGGACUGCCCAUACCAGAAUGCUGGCAUAAGUAAUGACUAACCUGGAGCAUGGAGUUUGUAUAUAUUGAUAUAUAUAUAUAUAAAUAUUUUUUUUUUGCAAGUAACAUUUGCUUUUUCUUCCUGUUUUAGUCAUCUCUUAUUUAAUAAAUUGGUUUUCAAACAGGAGCCCCCUGCAAAAAUAAUAUCUGUAUCGCUGCAUUAACAAAAGAGGGGCUUUUUCACUGCCACAAUAACAAGUUUAGAAAAGCAAUCAAGACAGAAUCAUAAAGUAGGUGCUGAGACUGAUAUUAAAACGAGACAUGAACUCUAUGCUUGUGGAUGCACAGAGAAUGCUGCUGCUAUCCUUAUGGAGAGAAUGGGUCUUAAACCAAAAUAACCCUGAACUUUCUAACAGACUGACCAAUGUAUCUACAAAUGAUGACUUCUUCACUGGCUGUCUUUUAUUCCUGGGCACCAUUUGAAACAAUCAACCCCAUCUAUUCUUCAUUAAAUGUUUGCUUUGAAAGGAAGGGGCUUCAGGGCAAGCCAAGCCCCCAUCUCAGCCCUAAAGGAACACUGAAUGGACUACAUGGAAGGAGUAUGCUUUGCCAAAGUUCAACUGGAUGUUUCAAAUGAAAGUGCUCGCCUGUAAUACAGGGAGGAAUGCGAUGUGGACGUUGCACUGGAUUUGUAGUGGUGUACAUAUGGACAAAUCUGUACUCAGGAAACUCUAUUCACUUGGUCGAUAGGAAAUGACAAUGAAAAAAUAUUUUGUUCCAUUUGUCAGUAAAUAAUACACCAGUGGAGUGGAUGAAAAACUAUAAUAACUGAUAUGUAAAGUUGUUGUCGUAAGUCUUGUCUGUUUAUAUGAACCCUCACACUGACUAAUACUUUGAUCUUUUAUUCAUUGUUUUUGUGAGGGAUUGUCUGCAUCUUACUUGUGCAUUAUAUGAAGUUUGUGUAAAUAAAAUUGAUCAUUUUUACAUUUUAAA